AUGGAAGAGAAUAGGAAACGAGCACGAGGCGAUGAAGAAAACGAGGAAGAAGAGGUAGAAGUUAGGCCGCCACUCACAAGAUCGCACAAGCUCUCCAAAGAUCCCAACAAGCAUCAUCUGUUGAUUGUCAUCACAGGAAGUGUGGCGGUCUUGAAAACACCGGAAUUGAUUCAGAAAUUAUACGAGAAAUGCGGAGAGAAUCGAUUGGCCAUCAAAAUUGUGGCGACGGAGAAUGCGGUGAAAUUUGUGAAUAUUUUGAAGUUGGAUUUUGACGAUUUUGUUUAUGAGGAUAAGGAUGAAUGGUCGAUGUGGAGAGAAAGAGGAGAUCCGGUUUUGCAUAUCGGUUAGUGAAUUUUGGUUAUAUUUUGAAACUUGAGCUGGUCCGUUUUUGGAAACUUUGUUAAAAAAUGUUCCGUUUCUGGAAGUUUUUCGUACCAAUAAAAUAAAUUUCUUUUUUCUGGAAAAAAGAUUUUCCAGAACUUCGAAAAUGGGCAGAUUCUAUGCUGAUCGCUCCACUCGACGCCAACACCAUGGCAAAAAUCGCGACUGGAAUAUGCGACAAUCUCGCAACAUCUUUGAUUCGAGCCUGGGAUUUAUCGAAACCCGCCUAUUUUGCGCCCGCAAUGAACACUUUUAUGUGGGAAAAUCCGCUGACAAUUGGACAUCGGAAUACGCUGAAAACUUUGCUGCAAUUCAAGGAAAUUUGUCCGAUUUCGAAAGAAUUGAUGUGCGGUGAUAGCGGACAAGGUGCUAUGGCUGAUAUUUUGAGUAUAACUUCUUUGAUUUCAGCAUUGGUUAGGGAUCAAUUAGCUGUGAAAACACAUUGUAUCUCAUAA